AUGCCAUACCAUUACCAACCACAAACCUUUCCACAGUCACCUCAACAAUGUUUCACAACUCCUAAGAAUAAUUCGUCCAACUCACGCCAGCCACAUUUCCAACUUAACGACCCACCAUCGCUUCCGUCAGUUUCUUCUCAACAUGCACUACCUACUCAACCACUCCAACCAAGGCAAAAUCACCCACCUUUAACAACUUCAUAUUCGUAUCCCCAACAACCUCCACCUUUUGACCCAAAAUCGACUUCCUCACUUUCUCAAAAUGACCUGUCUACUCCUCGAUACCAACCAAGGCAAAAAAAUCACAAAACUUUCAUAACUCUGAUUCCGUCUCGCCCACAACCUCCAGCUUCACCAACACCGACACUCUCACCUUCUCCUCAAAAUGACCUGCCCACAUCACCAGCCCCAUCAAUGUACGACAAAGGAGUUACAGCAGCUGACCACUACGAAAACUUUUCUGACUUCCUUGAGGAAGACGACUGUGCAAGAAGUUCAUCAGUGGUUUCCCAAAAUUCUAGCAUAAUGGACUCCAACUUCUAA